AUGUUCGUUGAAGUUGAAGAGACGUCGUCACAAGGUGCCUGCGGUUGGCGGAUGCCACUGGCAUGUCGGGCGGAGGCCCGCCCGGUCUACCGGGACGUUGGCGGGCGGAGCGCCCGUCCCCGGACGCCUGCGGCGGAGGCCCGCCGGGCAGGUCCCCUCCCCGGGACGCUGGCGGUCGGAGGCCCGCCGCCGGUCCCCGGGACGCUGGCGGGCGGAGGCCCGCCGGUCCCCGGGACGCCUGGCGGCGGAGGCGCCCGGCGGGCGGAAGGAGGCCCGCCUCCCCACGGGACCGCCAGGCGGGCGGAGGCCCGCCCGUCUCGGGACGCCUGGCGGGCGAGGCCCGCCCGUCCCCGGGACGCCUGGCGGGCGGAGGCCCGCCCGUCCCCGGGACGCCUGGCGGGCGGAGGCACGCCCGUCUCCGGGACGCCUGGCGGGCGGAUGCCCGCCCGUCCCAGGGACAGCCUGGCGGGCGGAGGCCCGCCCGUCCCCGGGACGCCUGGCGGGCGGAGGCCCGCCGGUCCCCGGGACGCCUGGCGGGCGGAGGCGGCCGCCGGGCCCCGGGACGCCUCCCCGGGAUGCCCGGCGGGCGGAGGCCCGCCGCCGGUCCCCGGGACGCUGGCGGGCGAGGCCCGCCGGCCCGCCGGUCCCCGGGACGCCUGGCGGGCGGAGCCCGCCCGUCCCGGGACGCCUGGCGGGCGGAGGGCCCGCCGGGACCCGGGACCCGCCUUCCCCAGGAUGCCCCGGCGGGCGGAGCCCGCCCUCCCCAGGACCGCCUGGCGGCGGGAGGCCCGGCCCGUCCCCCGGGACGGCCUGGCGGGCGAGGCCCGCCGGGCAUCCCGGGAGGCGUCCCGGGGCCCGGCGGGCCUCCGGCCCGGGCCAGGCCGUUCCGGGGGACCGCCCGCCCGCCUCGGGACGCCUGGCGGGCGGAGGCCCGCCCGGCCCCCGGGGGGACGGUCCUGGCGGGCGGGUAGGCCCGCCGGGCAUCCCGGGGAGGCGUCCCGGGGCCCGGCGGGCCUCCGCCUGCCAGGCGUCCCGGGGGACCGGCUGGGCCUCGGGACGCCUGGCUGGCGGAGGGCCCCAACCGGUCCCCGGGACGCCUGGCUGGGCGGAGGCCCGCUUGGUCCCCGGGACCCGCCAGCGGGCGGAGGCCCGCCGGUCCCCGGGACGCCAGGCGGUCGAGGCCCGCCCGUCCCCGGGACGGCCUGGCGGGCGGACCCCCGACCCGCCCGUGGCUCCGGGACGCCUGGUCGGGCGGAGGCCCAGCCCGUCCCCGGGACCCGCCUGGCGGUCGAGGGCCGCGGCCCCGUCCCCGUGACGCCUGGCGGCGGGAGGCCCGCCGGUCCCCCGGGACGCCUGGCGGGCGGAGGACCCCCCGGCCCCCCGUCCCCCGGACGCCUCCCCAUGGAUGCGCGACCGUCCCCGGGUCCCCCGGGACGCCUGGCGGGCGGAGGCCCGCCGGUCCCCGAUGGCCCUCCCCGGGACGCCUGGCGGGCGGAGGCCCGCCCGGUUCCCCGGGACGCCUGGCGGGCGGAGGCCCGCCCGUCCCCCGGGACGCCUGGCGGGCGGAGGCCCCGCCCGUCCCCGGGACGCCUGGCGGGCGGAGGCCCGCCCGUCCCGGGGCCCCACGCCUGGCGGGCGAGGCCCACGCCCGUCCCCGGGACGCCUGGCGGCGGGCGGAGGCCCGCCGUCCCCCGGGACGCCUGGCCCCGGGCGGUAGGCCUGGGCUCCCCGGGGACCCUGGGGCGGGCGGAGGCCUGCCCGUCCCCGGGACGCCUGGCGGGCGGAGGCCUGCCCGUCCCCGGACGCCUAGGCGCUGGGACGGCUGGGGCCCAGCCGUCCCCGGGUCGGGACGCCCGGCCCGUGGCCCGCCCCCCGGGCCUGGCGGGCAGAGGCCCGCCGGUCCCCGGGACGCCUGGCGGCGGAGGCCCGCCCGUCCCCGGGGGGACGCCUGGCGGGCUGGUCGGGGGAGCCCGCCCGUCCCUUGGAUGCCUGGCGGGCGGAGGCCCCGCCCGUCCCUUGGACGCCUGGCGGGCGGAGGCCCGCCGUCCCCGUCCCCGGACGCCUGGCGGGCGGAGGCCCGCCGGUCCCCGGGACGCUGGCGGCGGAGGCCCGCCGGUCCCCGGGACGCCUGGCGGGCGGAGGCCGUCCCGUCCCGGGACGCUUGGCCGGGCCUCGCCCGUCCCCGGGACGCCUGGCGGGCCUCGCCCGCCGUCCCUUAAGAGAGUAACACCUCUGUUCAACCUUAGAACCAGAAUAUGCCACUGA